AUGUGUAUUAAUAGUCCGAGAGGUAUUCAACUUGAAAAACCUAAGAUUACUUUAGAAAAAUUAGUAUCAGAAAAGAAAGAACAAAUUGAGUAUUUUUUUCAAAAUAAAGCAAAUGUAGUAAUGAGCUCUUACAAAUCAGAUAGUACUACUGGAUUACCU